UUAGGACUUGCACAUGAUUGGUUGAUGACGACUCGACGACCCGGGUGAUCUGACAAUAUACCGCUUCAAAAAACAAAAGAAAUCUUGUUGACAAAUGCACAAAUGUGAAGGCACACGCAACAAUGAACAAAGAAUUUCACAGCCAAUAUUCGACUCGUCCCUGGUGGGAACACUCUCUAUUAUUAUGAUUUUUUUGUUCUGUACUUUGUAAAGAAUGUCAAAUAUCGAGAGCCCUGAACUCGAAGAUCAACCAAUCGAUGCGAACAGAACGACAUCGUCACCUAACGGCGAAGAAAGAGCCAAUUCUAGCAGCAGAAUGGUUCGUCAUGCCCGAGCUAGACCAUGGCAUCGAUCGAGAACUCGAAGUAUUCUAAUCGUUCUGUGGACAAUAUUUACUGUGUUUCUGGCAAUUAUGAUCAUCGUAAUACUAGUACAACCCCAGUGGCUUGGAGGAGUGCCAAAUAAAGAUGGACAAAUCGUUAAUUUCGGACUCUAUCGAAGUUGUCCUGAAAGUUGGGAAAUGUGUUCCGCUGCUAUGGCCGACUUCAGUAAAAUUCCUUCCAACGCGUGGAAAGUAUCUACUCUUUUGGUUAUAUUUUCGAUAUUUUCGACUUUUAUUUCGAUAAUAAUUAUGGCAGUGUACUGGUUAAAAUGUAGAGAAACUGCUGGAUUUGGAUUUCGCUAUGCAACAGGCUUUCAAGUAUUUACAGGGUGCUGCCUUUUAUUAACCUGCUUCAUAUAUCCCGGAGGAUGGGACGUUCCUGAGGUUAGAGAAAUCUGUGGUCAAAAUGCCGACUCGUACAAAACAGGCAACUGUGAAGUCCGAUGGGCUUUCGGGAUUGCUAUCAUAGCAAUGUUCGAUGCCUUUAUCUUGGCUCUCCUAUCUUAUUUUUUUAUCGAACAAAGAGUGGUUUCCAGACCGCUUGAAGCAGUCGGAGGACAGUCGAGACAAAUGAAUGGAAGCGCCACGUCUCUACGGCAAUCACGCCAUCGAGAAGAGGAAGAAAACACACAAUUGUAAACAGUAAAUAUAUCACAAACAAGCUCAAGAUAAUUUAAUUAUUAAAAAUCGAAGAAAUGAAAUGAAAGAAUGGGAAUGGCAGCACUGAAUGGGAGAAAAUGAAGACAACUGAAACUCUGAAAUGAUAUUCCAUAGAAAUCCAAGCACAGGCGGAGUAAAGUAAUCCAGUCUACACAGUUAAUCGAGGAGUUCAAGGGUCGCUAUGCCAUGCUGGGUAGCCAUUGACCUGAAUUGAAUAUUUUAAUAUAUGCAUUUUUAGACAGAAACAGCAUUUUUGCACGUACUUCACCAAGUAUUCUGACAAGAAAUGGAGAUAGUUUAAAGUGGAAUCAAACUGGUGUUGGUAGCAUUGCCAAUAUAUGCAGUGCGCACCUUCUUGCGAAAAAUAUUUUUGUCGUCGUGAAGUCGGUAAGCAAACAACGCUAACCUUGCAGAAUACAGCUCUAUAGUACAGCAGCAAGUAGCCAUUAUCUAGGCCUUAUUUGAUACUAGCCUCCUCCGCGUGCAUCUUUCUUGUCUCUUCUCUCCUUUUGAGUAUUGGGCUUCCUGUGUCUUUAAAAUGAGGGGGACUGAGGAGAGGGGAGGAGAGGGGAGAAGAAAGAGAGAGCGAAAAGAGAGAGAUGCGUCUCCUCUUUCUUUCUCUCUCGCCUAAUUAGCGCCUAGUCUCUUUCGACAGGAAUCCCAAUUCGCGACACAGGAAUCCCAAUUCAACAAAAAAGAGACGAAAGACGCCUGCGGAAGAGGCUAAUUUGAUACCUGUUUUCAUAAAAUAUUACCCCAGCCAGUCAACUGGCUAUUUUACAGCACGUCUAGCCUGGGUUUUGCCGGCUUCCAUCAAUUAAAUUUCUAAUGGUCUAAGCUAGGAAUUUUUGAUUAACGGAAGCCAAAAAACGCAGACGUCUUGGACUAUGCUGGGCACGUAAAGAAUGAAAAUGGCUAUUGCUUUAGUAAAACUACGUGUUUUUAUUUAUAUGUGUGGUGUAUGAUCGAGAAGCUUUUAGUUCUCGCUCCACGGCAAUUCUUAUACGGAAUAACUUGCUUUUGAUACACGCCAAAUAGUAUUCACCUUCAUCACAUACUAUAUCUGAUCAGAUAGUUCAUGAAAUAAAUAAGAAAAAAAUAAGACUCAGGGCUUUUUAAGCUCGUUAAAUUUUGUCGGCUUCUUACGAGUUGCUCUAGUGUAAAAAACCUUAGUACGAAGUCAAAAUCCCCUUGAAAAAAGUUUAAUGUAAAAAUCUUUUCAUAUUGUAUACCCCACAGCUCCCAAAAUUGUUAUUGUAUGAAUAAGACGUAUACAGUCAGCGGGACCUGAUUGCACUAAAUAACUACAUAACGACUCAAUAACGGUAGUUUUACAAAUUUAAAAUACUUUAUUGUUAAUUUAGAUAAAUAUAUGAAAAACUUGAA